CACGCAGACCGCGCGACAGUCCGUCGUACGACUACAACUGCAGUAGACCAUUGCCACGAGCAUUAUACCAAGCGCGGUAUAACACUGCAGCUCGACGCCGUCGCCGCCGCCGCCGCCGCCGCCACCACCACCACCACACACACACACACACACACACGCCGCCCGUCGCGAGACACCUAGACCGCCGUCGUCCCCACCGCUCCUGGAAGCCCGCCGAAUUUGACAGUCAUAAUUAAAAAAAAAAUUUUUUUCCCCGAAUAAAAUUCGAGUUAUCGAAAAUUUUGAGAAAAUUUUUUUUUUCUCUCAGCUUAAAUUUCUUCGACGUCGUUUUUUUUUAGUACGUAUAUUUUUCAUUCCUUCGUCCGCCCGCGAGAACCGGUCCCAUUCAGCCGCUGCGGUACUGCAUCCCACCGCCGCCACUUUACGACUGCACCGAGCUCGCCCGCACAAGUUAUAACAUUAUAUAGAUAAGCGCCGAAAACCGCGUGUGGUGGUCAUCUUUGUCGCCUUCACUCGUCUUUACUGCAGAUCGCGCACGCAGCAGAAGCUACUCGCCGUGUCCAUUAUAAUAAUAUUAUUAUUGUACUUACUCGAAGGUUUUUGAGCCUCAUCGCAUUGUGUACCUACCUGCAGUAUAGGUACGACGCCCAGUGAACCGAAAAACCGACGGAGAAAACAUCAGACCGGAGAGGGAGGAAUCGUAGUUGCCGCUACCACAAUACACUGCACCGUUGUCGGCCCAAACGGAGAUAAACUACUCAUAACGUCCGGCGCGCACAGCAGUCGACAUUGUGUGUGCGUACACCGUACACGCGUCGUGUGAUCACACCUCAUUCAUUGCGAGUCUUGCACUGUUCGCGGCAGGUAGUUCCGUCGACCGGAUUUUCUUCGUCCGUCCAAUAAUCGUGCACGUGAAAUACACUGCAAUACUUAUAUAAUAAUUAUAAUAUAUUAUUAUAUACGGACGUCCCCGCGGUCCCGAUAAUCGAAUAGAUUUUUGUUCCGAUCGUACGAAAACCGCGAUAACAUGGCCGUGGUAAACAUGAACAAUCUGCUGAACGGCAAAGAUUCCAGAUGGCUGCAGUUGGAGGUGUGCAGGGAAUACCAGCGAAACAAGUGCUCCAGACCCGACACGGAUUGCAAGUUUGCGCACCCGGCCGCCAAUGUGGAGGUUCAAAACGGCCGCGUUACCGCCUGCUACGACAGCAUAAAGGGCAGGUGUAACCGAGAGAAACCACCGUGCAAAUAUUUCCAUCCACCACAGCAUCUCAAGGACCAGCUGUUGAUAAAUGGUCGUAACCACUUGGCCCUAAAGAAUGCAUUAAUGCAGCAAAUGACUAUGGCUGCUAGUCAACAGAUAGUACCGGGGCAAGUUCCUACAGCAGUGGCAACGCCAACAGCAUAUUUGACCGGAAUCCCUGGCGCGAGUACCCAGGUCGGCAACACUUACACGCCAUACUUUAGCGCCGCCGGCCCGUUGAUUGGACCGACCACGAUAAUCACGUCAGACCCGAACAAUCCGCUGGCCAUGGCCGUGCAGCAGACAAUGGUUACACAACAGAAAAUGCCUAGGAACGACCGUCUAGACAUGGAUAUGAAAGCCGUUGGAACAUUUUAUUACGAGAAUUUUGCAUUUCCGGGAAUGAUGCAGUACAAACGAGCUGCGGGCGACAAGUCUGGAAUGCCGGUGUUUCAACAGAACACGGGAGCUUACCAACAAUUGCUUCAGCCGUUCGUGCCAACAGUAUCUUUUGCUGCACCACCGGGCAUCCCGAGGUAUUAACAUAACGACUGCAAUCCAGAAAUCAACCUGUGGUACAACAUGCAUCCAUUGAAUGUAUGGUUGUGGCCUAAUAAUUAUUAACAAAAUCACGUUCGAUUCAAGUCAUCAGUUAAAUACACAGUACAUUUUUUUUUUAUAGUGUAUUACAUUACAUAUAUAAUUCAUAAAUAAUAUUGUAGAAUACGAAUUGAAUAAUAUUGAACAAUUAAAUUAGAUUGUUUAAGUUUCCUUUAUCCAAUAUUUAAAAUAGGUCGGAAACUAAUGUCAAUGAUAAUUUAUUAAUCUUACUAGAGACGAUGCACUUUGUAUUUUGUUAACAAAAGUAAACUAUUUUACUUAGAGAAAUGUUAAAAUACUAUUGGACUAUUUGAAUUGUAUACAAUCAGGUUGGUUACUCACUAUAUGUAAAACCCUUCAUAUUAUUUAAAGUCAUUAUUUUACUCAAAAUAUAACUAAUUAUAUUACCAACAUAUAAUAUAUAAAUAUUAAUCUUGUUAUUAUAUUUUAACGCACCAAUGAUUUUUUUUUUGAUUUUUUUUUUAUGCUAUUUGAUUGUAGGUAGCUAUUAUACAUUAUAUUAUUAUAUAUUUAACAAUAUUUUUAGAUUAGGUACUUAAAAUUAAGUUAAGGAAAAUUUUAUAGGUACUCUUAAUUUAUGUACUAAUAAUAAUAAAAAUGUAUGACAUCGAGUAUAGAUUAGAAAACAAAAUUCGAAAUAUAAGUAAUUUAUAAAAUUAAAAUAAUCCUUCUCCUAUAUACAAUAAUAAAUAUGAUAUAACAUGUAUGUUUAUAUAUAUAUAUAUUUAUAUAUAUAUAUUAUAUAUUAUCUAUGCAUACAAUAAGAUAUUAUUAAUCAAAUACUUGACAUGAUAUAAAUACGUUUUCAAUAAAUUGUUAUAUAAAAAAAAAAAUACAAGAUUUAACAUGUUAUGACUAAUUGUGUGAAAUAUUAUAAUAACAAUAAUAUUAUAUGUGUUCAAAUGUUUAACCUCAGUAUAAACGUAUAUAUAUAUAUAUAUUAUAUAUUAAUAUAUUAUCUAUCCAAUUAUAUAUAUAUCCAACGAUUGACCGGCGUAAUAAUACAAAACGAUUGACAUCGGCGAACGUCCGUACGGUAAAAACUAUAAUAUUAUUAUUAUUCGGAUGGUUUUGGUCGCAUAUAUUAUAUACCUAUACAAUAAUAUAUAUAUAUAUAGGUACGAAUUUCGCAUUAUGAACCCGAAGGGAUAUAAUUUACCUGGUGAUAUUUAUUAUUAUGGUAUACUAUUAUAGGUUAUCAUAAUAUAUAUAUAUAUUAUAGAUGCACCGAGUGCAAUAUAAAGGCUAUACGGUAAAACGUUAUUCGGACGUGCGCCCUUGGAUUUACUUCUCGUAAUCAAACUUCGACUACAACACUACUCUACUAUAAUAAUAUGCUCUAUACCGCUAUUACCACUAUACGCAUACCACCCCAUUACCGCCACUACCAUCACUACCACUACAACUACAACAUAGAUACUAUAAUUAUUCUCAUUAGUAGAUGUUACGAUGCGCAAUUUUUGGUUAAAUUUUAUAAUAAUAUGUUUGAAAUAAUAAUAAUAAUAAUAAUAAUAAUAAUAACUAGUUAAUUAAAAAUGAAAAACAUACUACUCAAAGUAUUUCAAAGCCGAUCCGUAAUCGUAGGAAAUAAGAAAUUUAGGAAGGUCCAUUGGUUCGCCCUUAACUACAACACUAUUACACAUUUCAAUGCUUCCCAACUAUAACCGCAAUGCUAGUUCUUUGCUACCUACCAUACAAAAACGAAAAACAAUUAAUUUGUUUGUUGAUUUUAUUCGAAAAAAAAUCUAUAUAAUAUUUUGAAUUGUUCUCAACUCGUCUUUAGCCAACCUAAUACCUUAUACCUUAUAUAAUAUAUACUUAUGUGUGCAUAUUUAGUUUUAAAAUAUAAAUAUAUAUUUACACACACACACACACACACACACACACACACACACACACACACACACACACACACACACACACACACACACACACAC